GAUCAACUGUAGUUGGCGCUGGGCAUAUUCGGAAAGUUGAGCAUCGGCGUGGGUAUAGAAGAUGCCCUAUGUAUACGUUAUAAGCUUUAUUGUUCUAUGCAUAUCCUUCUUUUUCUUUCGGUUCUGGACAACCAAUACGGUACCGUUAGUGGGAGAAGGUUUUUCUUCACCUAAAUGGAAAAGGGUUUCAAAUGUAUUCGGGUAUCAAAUUCAUUGUAUUCUUUUAUUUCGAACUUUCAAUUGUAUUUUGUCAUAGAACUCCCCCUCGAGACUUUAAAUAUUAUAAAAAAAACCCCCACAUAAAACAAGCGCUUGUUAGAUAGAGAGAAAAUGAAACGCUUAUUUCCAGAUGUGUAUGCAAUUAUUGAUUACAUUAUGUUUCAGAGAAUUAUUAAAGUCUGGUGAAUUGCGCGGGGGAAGCUUUGCUCUAUAUCACCAAGGGGAGCUUGUAGUUGAAGUUUAUGGAGGUUACGCCGAUGAAGAAAAUAGGGUAGAAUGGAAAAAACAAACUUUAGGUCGUCUAUUCUCCUCCACUAAAGCUUUUGCUGCUGUAACAAUUGCAUUUCUAGUAGAUAGAGGCCUAUUAAACUAUGAUGAACGUGUCGCAAAAUAUUGGCCCGAAUUUGCGCAAAAUGGAAAAGAUCAAAUCACAUUGAGGCAGUUAAUCAGUCAUCAGGCUGGAUUGGCUGCCAUAGAUGAAUUAUUCUCUAUUUACGAUAUAAUUGAACGACCAGGAAAGGUGGGCGAUAUACUUGCUAAGCAAAAACCACAAUGGAAUCCUGGAAGUAAAUUUGGUUAUCACGGAAUCACUCUUGGGUUAUAUUUAGAUCAAAUAGUGAGGAGGGUGGAUCCAGAUCAUCGUAAUUUAGCAGAGUUUUUUCAUGAUGAAAUUGCCCUUCCCCUCGAAUUGGAUGCGGGUAUAGGACUUCCUAAUAAGGAAUACUAUAGAGUGGCAAAGAUGGGGAAAAUACGAUUGUUCAAUCUUGAUUUAUUCAAGGUUUCCCAUUACUGGAAAUUUAUUUACAUAUAUAUCACUAAUCAAGAUCAUUGGGCCUAUAAAGCGAUUAUCAACCCAAAGGAAUAUGAGGAUGAUAAUCUUGUCAAUAAUCCAACUUUUGCCUCUACGCCGAAUCCAUCAACACACGGUUACGGAACUGCGACAUCUGCUGCUAAACUUUUUGGAAUAUUGGCAAACGGGGGAAUGUGGAAUGGCAAGAAAAUAAUUUCAGCAAAUAUCAUCAAUAAAUUGAAUAUACCAGAAGUUAGCGGGGAGGAUCAAUGCGUUUUCUUCCAACAAACAAUGGGAUUAGGAACCAAGCUAUUAAAAUCACCACAAGGAAAUUACAUAUUUGGAACACCGGGAGCAGGAGGUCAAAUGGUUUAUGCUGACCCAAAGGCUAAUUUAGGCUGGGCUUUUUUAAAUAAUGAUUGCAAAAUAUAUGCAUUUGGAGAAGACCCAAGGUAUAAAAAAGUAGAAAAAGCUAUAUACGAAACACUCGAAACGAUUAACAAUAAAAGAGAUUAG